GCGCCGUGGCCCUGCCGCGCUGCCCUGAAUCCAGCCCCCGCCCAGCCGGGCAUUGUUCGCAGCCGCCGCCGGGGAAGUUCGCUCGUCCCAGCCCCGGCUCCGCUCCCCGCUGGGGCGGGGCGGGGGGUCUCGGCCCCUCGGGCGCCUCCUCCCCGGUGUGCGGAGGGGGCGAGGCUCACCAUGAUGGCGGCCGAGGCUCCAGGCGAGGAGGGCGGCUCGGCGAGCGCCGCCGGGGAGCCGGGGCACUGCCCUGCCCUGUGCCGGGGCAAGGGGCCGCAGGGCUCCGGCGCGGGUAGCCCGGGCCCCGGCCCCCCUUUGUGCCCGGCGCUGGGACUCCUGGCCCGGGGCUCGGGGCCUGCCCCUCCGGCGGCGGCGGCGGGCGGCGCAGUGGCCGCCGGGCUGGAGCAGGAGAUGCCCAGGGGAGCGCCUGCCCCGCAGGAACCCGGCCCAGCAGGAGGUCCGGCCGCUGGAGGCUUCCCGCCGCUGCCGCCCCCGCCGCUGCCGCUGGUAGGGGGGCUGGGCACCGUGGAUGAAGGAGACUCGCUGGACGGGCCGGAGUACGAAGAGGAGGAGGUGGCCAUCCCGCUCACCGCGCCCCCGACUAACCAGUGGUAUCAUGGAAAACUUGACAGAACAAUUGCAGAAGAACGUCUUCGGCAAGCCGGAAAACCUGGUAGUUACCUUAUUCGAGAGAGUGAUAGGAGGCCAGGGUCAUUUGUGCUUUCAUUUCUUAGCAAAACAAAUGUUGUCAAUCAUUUUAGGAUUAUUGCCAUGUGUGGAGAUUAUUACAUUGGUGGACGACGAUCUUCUUCGCUUUCAGACCUAAUAGGUUAUUACAGUCACGUGUCUUGUUUGCUUAAAGGAGAAAAGUUGCUUUUCCCUGUAGCACCUCCUGAGCCAGUGGAAGACAGAAGGAGAGUUCGAGCCAUUCUGCCAUACACUAAAGUGCCAGACACAGAUGAAAUAAGUUUCCUUAAAGGAGACAUGUUUAUUGUCCAUAAUGAAUUGGAAGAUGGUUGGAUGUGGGUUACAAAUCUACGGACAGAUGAACAAGGCCUUAUUGUAGAAGACCUGGUAGAAGAAGUGGGACGUGAAGAAGAUCCACAAUUGAAGGCAAAAUGUCUUUAUCCAGGCAAGAAGACAAAUCCAUUUCCCACCUAUAUGGGUACUGGAAAUGCCAUGUGUAUGGAAAGGAUAGGAAAGGUGGGAUGGUUCCAUGGGAAGAUCUCCAAACAAGAGGCUUACAAUUUGCUGAUGACAGUUGGUCAAGUUUGCAGUUUUCUUGUGAGGCCCUCUGAUAAUACUCCUGGUGAUUAUUCACUCUAUUUUCGGACCAGUGAAAAUAUUCAACGUUUCAAAAUAUGCCCUACUCCAAACAAUCAGUUUAUGAUGGGAGGAAGAUACUAUAACAGUAUUGCUGACAUCAUUGAGCACUACAGAAAAGAACAAAUUGUUGAAGGAUAUUACCUAAAAGACCCUGUCCCAAUGCAGCAUCAAGAACAAGUGCUUAAUGAUGCAGUGGAUGGAAAAGAAAUCUAUAAUACAAUUCGUCGAAAAACAAAGGAUGCUUUUUAUAAAAAUAUUGUCAAAAAAGGGUAUCUUCUGAAAAAAAGCAAAGGAAAGCGAUGGAAGAAUUUGUAUUUUAUUUUAGAGGGGAAUGACGCCCAGCUUAUUUAUUUUGAAAGUGAAAAGCGAGCCACAAAGCCCAAAGGUUUAAUAGAUCUCAGUGUGUGUUCUGUCUAUGGAGUUCAUGACAGUUUGUUUGGCAGGCCAAACUGUUUUCAGAUAGUAGUUCAGCACUUUAGUGAAGAACAUUACAUCUUUUACUUUGCAGGAGAAACUCCAGAACAAGCACAGGACUGGAUGAAAGCUCUGCAGACAUUCUGCAAUUUACGAAAAACCAGUCCUGGAACAUCUAAUAAACGUCUACGUCAGGUCAGCAGCCUUAUUUUACAUGUUGAAGAAGCUCAUACUCUCCCAGUAAAACACUUUACUAAUCCAUAUUGCAACAUCUACCUGAACAGUGUCCAGGUAGCAAAAACGCAUGUCAGGGAAGGGCAGAACCCUGUAUGGUCAGAGGAGUUUGUCUUUGAUGAUCUUUCACCUGAUAUCAACAGAUUUGAGAUAAGUCUUAGUAACAAAACAAAGAAAAGUAAAGAUCCAGAUAUAUUGUUUAUGCGUUGUCAGUUAAACCGGUUACAGAAAGGACAUGCAACAGAUGAAUGGUUUCAGCUGAGUUCCCACAUACCAUUAAAGGGUAUUGAACCCGGAUCUUUGCGUGUCCGAGCACGAUAUUCUAUGGAGAAAAUCAUGCCAGAAGACGAGUACAGUGAGUUUAAAGAGCUGAUACUACAGAAGGAGCUGCAUGUAGUCUAUGCCUUAUCAUAUGUAUGUGGACAGGACCGAACACUAUUGGCUGGCAUUUUACUGAAGAUUUUUCUUCAUGAAAAGCUUGAGUCAUUGCUCUUAAGAACACUAAAUGACAGGGAAAUAAGCAUGGAAGAUGAAGCUACAACCUUAUUUCGUGCUACCACGCUGGCAAGCACCCUUAUGGAACAGUAUAUGAAAGCUACAGCAACAAGUUUUGUUCAUCAUGCGCUGAAAGACUCUAUUUUAAAGAUAAUGGAAAGCAAGCAGUCUUGUGAGCUAAAUCCUUCAAAGUUAGAAAAAAAUGAAGAUGUGAACACUAACUUAACUCAUCUGCUAAGCAUACUUUCUGAAUUGGUGGAGAAAAUAUUCAUGGCUGCAGAAAUAUUGCCUCCGACAUUGAGAUACAUUUAUGGGUGUUUGCAGAAGUCUGUCCAGCACAAGUGGCCAACCAAUACCACAAUGAGAACCAGAGUUGUUAGUGGCUUUGUUUUUCUCCGACUGAUUUGUCCUGCCAUCCUGAACCCAAGGAUGUUCAAUAUCAUCUCAGAUUCUCCUUCUUCCACUGCUGCAAGAACACUGACGCUGGUCGCCAAGUCUGUGCAGAACUUAGCAAAUCUGGUUGAGUUUGGCGCUAAGGAGCCUUACAUGGAGGGAGUAAAUCCAUUUAUCAAGAGUAACAAACAUCGCAUGAUCAUGUUUUUAGAUGAACUUGGGAAUGUACCUGAACUUCCAGACACUACAGAGCAUUCUAGAACUGACUUGUCUCGUGAUCUAGCAGCCUUACAUGAGAUUUGUGUGGCACAUUCAGAUGAGCUUCGGACGCUCAGUAAUGAGCGAGGCGUAAUGCAGCAUGUCCUAAAGAAGCUUCUAGCUAUUACAGAACUGCUUCAGCAAAAACAAAAUCAGUAUUCAGUGUCUAAUAACAUCAGGUAGCAGCCUUCUACCUAGACUUCUGCAUGGAUCCAGCAUGCCCAACAUGGCAACUCACACCAAUAUCACUUCCUUCUUGCUCUUGCCAAAAAUAGCACACCUUUUUCACAUUCCCAGUGAUGUGUGAACUAUGCAAAAAGAAAACAAAGAUUCUGUUGGUGAAUAUUUCUACCAGCAGCUUUUUAAGCUAUCUGUGCAGAAUGUUUGCACUUUUUUCCACAUGGAAUCAAUUUUCACAACCUCUGAGCCUUGGUGUACAGAUCACCUUCCACAAAGAAAAUGCUGUGACUGUGUCUUGAACUUUAAAAGUUAUUUUCAACACCUUGCCAAAGUUUUGCUGUCUGUUGGAAAAGAAUUUAUAGUCAACUGACAAGGAACGAAACACGUUAUUUUGACAGCUAAGUAUAACUGGAUUGAAAAUGUUUCUUACUGUAAUUUGGUUACAAUUAUGACUUUGACUGUUCAACCACUUUAAUUUGUAUUUACAGUUUCAAGAAUUUGACAUUAUCGUAGGAACAAUCUUUUGCUGUACACUUUUUAUACCAUGCUGUUUCUCUUGCUGGAAUUAUGUUGAAAGAGAAUAUGCAGAAUGGGUCUCAUCAGCUUUAUUUUUUAAUGUGCCACUGAUUCUGUCUGUUUGAAUAAUUCUUCCAUCAAGGAUUGUCUAUCCAGAUAAAUCACAAUGCUUUUGUAAAAUGUUUACAACAGUAAAUAAUUUUAACUCAAUAAAUUUAUUGAUCAUUGUAUCAGACAUGCAUGCAUUCAUUAAACCAUUUUAUAAAGUA